AUGGAGAGCUUUGCUGAGUCUCUGAACAGGCUUCGAGACAUCCAUGAAACCGAGAUCCUGGGUCUGCAGAGCAAGCUCCUGGAGCUGAAUGCUGAGAGAUGCAGAGAUGCCCAGAGGGCUGAGGAGCUCAGUGCCAAGAACCAGCAGCUGCGGGAACAGCAGCGAGUGCUGAAGGAGAAUGUGCGGGCCUUGGAGAACAGGCUGCGGGCCGGCCUGUGCGAUCGCUGUGUGGUGACUCAGGAGCUGGCCAAGAAGAAGCAGCGCGAGUUCGAGGGGUCCCUCCUGCAAAGCCUGCAGCAUGUCUUCAUCCUCACCAACGAGAUGAGCCGCCUGCAGGAAGAGAACAACGGCUUGAAGAAGGAGGUGAAGAGGCUGCGGGGCCCAGGAGACAGACCACAGGCCCCCAGCAGGGAGGGUCCCUCCAGCCUUCCAUCACCGCCCUCCCCCAGCACCUGGAAGAAAGUAGCUGAGACACCAGCCAGGGGCUCCCCAGAGUCGGAGGACGAGCACCCAGAGAAGCUUUCGGGGUACAGGGCGUCCCCAGGAGCCAGGCUCUCCCCCAGUGCCAGUGGUCCCGAGGCUCGGUCUUCAGACAUGAGCCCUCAGCGCAUCUCCAACCAGCUGCACGGGACCAUCGCGGUGGUACGGCCUGGCUCCUGGGCUCCUCAGCCCACUCGCGGGGCACCCCCAGUGUCACAGGCCUGCAGUGGCCCACCCAGCCCCCCUGCAGACAGCUUCCUGCAGCCGCCCGCUGGGACCUACGUGUCCCUGUCCUGCUCAGGCCGGGCUGGCCACCUCUGCCUCCUGGAGCCUCACCUAGCCUUGCGCCUGCAUAGCCCCCCAGAUGGCCCCAAAGCCCAGGGCCCGAAGGCGGGGGCGGACGAGGCCUGGGAGGACCCCUCUAACUCACCCACAACUCUACCGCGGAACCCACAGCUGGAGGGGGCCUUACAGCUGCUCCUAGCCCGGCAGCUGCGGGUUCGUGGGCUGGAGGGUGGGGCCCGGUCCAGGCGACCCCCCACCCCCGAGAGCCCCGAGGACAAGGUGCCUGGGAUAGCCAUGCAGAAGGGGCUGCCCCCUAGGUCUCCCAGCCCAGGCUGCCCCCCAAGCAAAGAGACCUCAGCUGUGGGGGACUGGCUCCCGGACAAGCCCUUGGACCUUUCUGAAUGGGGCCGGAUUCGGGGAGUCCUGAAGCCCACCAGCCCCCCAAAUGCCAGCCCUGAGCCCCGCCAGGCAGCCAAUACACCAGGACAGCUCAGACUCUGGGCACUCAGCAAUGGUGGUGUUCAGAGGGAGGAAGGGCAGAAAGAGCGCCCCACUCCUCAGGAGCACCCACGCCAGUCCCCGGGGUCCCCACUGAACCAUUCCUCCCCAGAAGGGACGGGAGAGGAGCCCAGAGACCAUGAAGCCAAGGGACAGCGGCCGGAGCUGGAGCAGCAAGAGGAACCGGACCCCCCAGGCAGUGAGGUGGCCAUGGAAGAGACUAUGGAGGGGGGCCUGCAUUCUUGUGAAGAUCCCAGUCUGAGGUUGCCGCCCAAGAGGAAGCAGAGCUUGGAAGCCUGUAGUGAACCCUCCAAGAAGCCAGCCCCAGGCCGAAGCACCUGGGUGUCCCCCACCACUACGGGUCCCUGCAGUCCCUCUGAAAAGACUCAACUGCAGGCAGGCAGCGAGACUCAGACAUGA